AUAUGCAAGUCUGCCGCAUGCCUUUUCUAGCUUUACUUCUGUAAAUUGAUGCUUGAUCAGGAAAACCAAAACGAGAAUGAACUGAUUGCAAAAUAAGAUUCAUGCAGACGUCUACCUUAAAUCUGUGCAUAAUAUAUGUAAUGUAUUCCCUUGCCAAUUGGGCAGUAGAAUGUUGAUUGCUUGUUUUCCUCUUGAAUAUGUUAAGUUGUUUUCAAGUCCACAGACAUUUUGUAUUUAAGCCAAACUCUUCGUGUGACUCAUGGUCAAUUCAUUACUCUUAUUGCUUGAUCCAAAGUUACUGUACAUGAUGAAACAGAGAUUAUAGUUCUUCGAUUAGAAUUUGUCAUUUUGUCCCCAUGUCAGUCCUUUAAAACUGAGGCGAACAGUGUUAGCCCACCAUUGUUAUCAUACUGGUGCUCUCCUGCCAGUAAAGUAUGCUCUCAAUAGGUUUACUAAUCUCAUUAGGGAAAAUCAACUUUUCCAUGUUUUUGGUGCAGUAUUUCUUGUAUCAGAUACUCCGUGGGUUAAAGUACAUACAUUCGGCAAAUGUUCUGCAUAGGGACUUGAAGCCAAGCAAUCUCCUUCUGAACGCGAAUUGUGACCUAAAGAUAUGUGAUUUUGGAUUAGCUCGGGUCACAUCUGAAACUGAUUUUAUGACAGAAUAUGUUGUUACAAGGUGGUAUCGAGCACCAGAGCUGUUAUUAAAUUCAUCUGAUUAUACUACAGCUAUAGAUGUUUGGUCAGUGGGGUGUAUUUUCAUGGAGCUGAUGGAUCGGAAGCCAUUAUUUCCUGGUAGAGAUCAUGUGCACCAGUUGCGUCUACUUAUGGAGCUGAUUGGCACCCCGUCAGAGGCUGAGUUGGGAUUUUUGAACGAAAAUGCAAAGAGAUACAUCCGACAACUUCCUCCUUCUCACCGACAAUCAUUUAUUGAAAAGUUUCCACGUGUGCAGCCUCUUGCUAUCGAUCUCAUUGAAAAGAUGUUGACAUUUGAUCCUCGACAAAGGAUUACGGUCGAAGAUGCACUAGCACAUCCCUACUUGAACUCACUCCACGACAUAAGCGAUGAGCCUAUCUGCUUGACGCCUUUUAGCUUCGACUUUGAGCAGCAUGCCCUGACUGAAGAACAGAUGAAGGAGCUGAUUUACCGGGAGUCUGUUGCAUUCAAUCCAGAGUAUCUGCAUGCGUAAUGAAUCUGUUGACUAUAAAUUAUGGCGAAUUUUUAUGUAAUGUGGUUCCUAAUGUUGUAUGUGAUCGACUUUCGUGUAUAUAUGGUCAAUCCAAAACUUUGAUGGGUUGAUUUAUACAUUUGAAUAUAACCAUGAAUUGGCUGUGGAUAUAUGACAUUUCUGUCUUAAAUGUUUCUAUUUAUUGAAAAGCAUAUUUUUAACAAA